AUGUGUGAGUCAUCCUCUUUCCCGGCGCUUGGCCCUAUCCCUCGGCAGGGUACGGAGGAGAUUCAUUCGGGAGAGUACAACGACCACUUCGAGAAGGGCACGUACCACUGCAGCGGGUGCGGCCAGGCGCUCUACCGCUCGGAGCACAAGUUCCGGAGUGGCCACGGCUGGCCCGCCUUCUCCGACUCCCUCCCGGAGGCCCUCGACCGGCACGGCACCGGGAAGGUGGAGGUCACUUGCCGAGGGUGCGGCGGCCAUCUCGGACACGUCUUCAGGUCGUCGCGCUACCCGAAGCCAAGGAACGAGCGGCACUGCGUCAACUCGGUGAGCCUCCACUUCCGGCCCGACGCCGCGGGGCCCGGCGCCGCGGCCCCCGGCGCCGCGGGGCGCGCGCCCCCCGCCUCGGAGGCUGCCCCGCCGGGGCGCGCCGCCCG